AUGGUCAGUAGGUGGGACUUGUUUUCCCAAGGAGGGGUGUUGGACUGCACAAGGUGCGGCCCUCUACCACACCAAGGCCCCAGAUAUUUCUACUCUGUUCCGGCAUACCCAAGAUCUUGGUUUGUUGCACCUGAGCAAAGUGAGGCCGACUGCCUGAACUUAACUAUUUCUUUACCUCCAAAUACAACCGCAAAGGAGAACCUGCCUGUGAUGGUCUUUGUCCAUGGCGGUGCUAACGCAUACUCCGGAAACGCGGCCCAGAUGUAUGAUGGACUGAUAAUGGCCACAAAUUCCCUGCUAAAGUGGAAAGAGCCCACUAUCAUUGUUGUACUUAACUAUAGUUUAACCUGUUUUGGAUCUCUCGCUUCCUCUAACCUGAAAAGUUACCGUGGAUAG